AUGACAUCCUUUCGGCCGCCCUUAGCGGGGCCGGCUUCCGACAAAAGCAGCGGUUCAUCAACUUCUAAUGCUCAGUAUACCCCGGUCUCUGAUGGUUCCGUUGAGGGCCAGUCAAGCCGUAAUCCAGGCGGACCCUUGAAGAUUCAGACUGACUUCGGCGACGUGGAAGACCCGUUCUCUGAAGACGAUGGGGACUCGUUCAACUAUAAUGAUGAGGCGCGGCCGAAGUUCAGUCGGCCCAGAGUGCCGAAGUAUACUCCUGUCGAAGAACAACAGGUUGUGAAGAGGUUCGAUCGCAGGCUGGUACCAUUCCUCGCGCUCCUCUACCUGCUUUCUUUUCUAGACCGCUCAAAUAUCGGAAACGCAAAGAUCGCUGGUCUUGUAGAGGACUUGAAACUGUCGUCCUCCCAGUACGAAUGGCUCUUGACAGCCUUCUAUAUCACGUACAUCCUGUUCGAGUGGAUGACUCUGCUCUACCGCGUCUUUCCAGCACAUGUAUACAUCUCGCUCUGCGUAUGCGGAUGGGGUCUUGUGGCCUCGUUUCAAUCACUCGCGGCAUCCUUCGGGGCCAUGGUCUUUCUGCGCGCAACCCUAGGAAUCACAGAAGCAGCAUUUGGACCAGGCGUCCCAUUCUACUUAUCCUUAUUCUACAAGCGUGAGGAGCUCGCAUUCCGAACAGGACUCUUCAUUUCUGCCGCCCCGUUGGCCUCGUCGUUCGCUAGCAGUCUGGCAUGGUUGAUUGUGAAAUUCAGCAGUGAUGGGCCCAUUGCGCCAUGGCGAGCCCUGUUCCUUGUGGAGGGGUUUCCCAGUGUCAUUGUCGCUGUGUUCGCGUGGUUCAUCAUCCCUGACUCGCCUGGGACUGCGUCGUUCCUUGAACCUCGCCAGCGCAUGGUUGCUCAAACGCGAAUGGGAAACGGCGGUAGAUCCGAUUACCCUGGGCAUCGGAGGAGAUUCAAUUGGAGCGAGGUUGGGAAGACUCUCGCUGAUCCCAAGGCAUAUAUCACAGCUUUCAUGUUCUUCAGCUGCAACGUCGCAUUCAGCUCCAUGCCCGUUUUCCUCCCAACAAUAAUACAAGACAUGGGCUACUCCUCCCUAAACUCCCAAGCCCUCAGCGCCCCACCCUACCUCGUCGCCUUCAUCACCGUCCUAGCAACAGCCUACCUCUCCGACCGCUCCCGCUCCCGCAGCCCGUACCUAAUAGCCCACGCCCUAACCUCCGCAACCGCGUACCUCACCAUCGCACUCACAGGGCAUUUCCACGCAUCUCUCUCCCCAGCAACACAUAAGCUGCUGCGCUACGCAGCCGUGUACCCCGCAACAGCCGGGUUCUUCUCGGCCAUCACGCUCAUCAUCACGUGGAGCAUGGACAACCGCGUCGCGAACGAGGGGAAGGGCGCCAGUGUCGCUAUCUUGAAUGUCAUUGGGCAGUGUGGGCCGUUGCUGGGGACAAGGCUGUACCCUGCGGAAGAUGGGCCUUGGUAUGUGCGUGGCAUGGCUGUCUGUGCGGGUUUUAUGGGUCUUGUGGCUGUUUUGGCGGGGGUGUUGAGGGUUACCCUGCAGCGGGCUAAUAGGGAAGGUGUGGGUAUGACUAUGGGGGGUGAGAGGAUGGAUGAUGGGACGGAUCGAGAACGCGAGGUGCUUAUUUUGGGGCCGGGGGCUGCUUCGGCUGUUGUGGGGAGGAGGGAGGAGGGGUUUACAUAUAUUGUAUAA